GUUUUCGUUCACUUUUGAUGGCAGAGAAGAAGUUUGAGAUUUUUGGUGGGGGGGUGAGGGGCAGGCUGGCCUUUUUUUGUUCCGCUGGAGAGUCCUUCCUCAUCGGUGAGGAGAGCCGGAACACACCACUCUAGAGACUUCCAGUGUCGCGGACUGUCGGCUAUAUCCGCGGGGUCGAUCAGGGACGCCUUCCCAGCGAGAGAAAGCGAGGCGGCACACGACAGCAUCGCUCUCGGAUCAGCGGGCAGACAAGGCAGCUAUCGCCCCUUUUAGCCUCCCUUGGUCUGGGGGAGCGCUCUGGUCUGGGGGCGUGGAGGUCCAACGACGAGACCGAAGGGUAGAAGACAAACACGCCGAUAGGACAGAGGAGGGUACUGGAAGUCUGCGACGCCUCCAGCCUGAAGGGGCCGGCGCUUUGGCCACAGCACCCUGGGUUGGCUAGCUUGUACCCGCGCGGCUAAGUGAAUGGGAUGGAGCCGGGACCGUCUGGUGCUGUGCCCAUUGGGGUCUUCCCCCCACCCCUGCAGCAGGUGUUCCACGCCCCCCGUCGGCCAGGAAUGGGCACCGUGGGCAAGCCCAUCAAGCUGCUGGCCAACUACUUUGAAGUGGAGAUCCCCAAGAUGGACGUCUACCACUACGAGGUGGACAUCAAGCCCGACAAGUGCCCCCGACGAGUCAACAGGGAGGUGGUGGAGUACAUGGUGCAACACUUCAAGCCCCAGCUCUUUGGUGACCGCAAGCCCGUGUACGACGGCAAGAAGAACAUCUACACCGUGCUGGCGCUCCCCAUUGGGAGCGAGAAGGUGGAUUUUGAGGUGACCAUCCCCGGCGAGGGCAAGGACCGGAUCUUCAAGGUGUCCAUCCGUUGGCUGGCCAAGGUGUCGUGGCGCCUGCUGCAGGAGACUCUGGUCAGCGGGCGGCUGCAGGUCCCCCUGGACUCGGUGCAAGCCCUGGAUGUGGCCAUGCGACACUUAGCCUCUAUGAGGUACACACCAGUGGGCCGCUCCUUUUUCUCCCCACCCGAGGGGUACUACCACCCUCUGGGCGGGGGUAGGGAGGUGUGGUUCGGCUUCCACCAGUCUGUGCGGCCCGCCAUGUGGAAGAUGAUGCUGAAUAUAGAUGUGUCCGCCACGGCCUUCUACAAAGCCCAGCCUGUGAUUGAGUUCAUGUGCGAGGUUUUGGACAUCCGCAAUAUCGACGAGCAGCCUAAAACGCUCACCGACUCGCAAAGGGUCCGCUUCACCAAGGAGAUAAAAGGCCUCAAGGUGGAGGUGACCCACUGUGGCCAAAUGAAGAGGAAGUACCGCGUGUGCAACGUCACCCGACGUCCCGCCAGCCACCAGACGUUUCCUCUCCAGCUUGAAAGCGGGCAGACAGUAGAAUGUACAGUGGCCCAGUACUUCAAGCAGAAGUACAACCUGCAGCUAAAAUACCCCCACCUGCCCUGUCUUCAGGUGGGGCAGGAGCAGAAGCACACAUAUCUGCCCCUAGAGGUGUGUAACAUCGUAGCGGGCCAACGAUGCAUCAAGAAACUGACGGAUAAUCAGACGUCCACCAUGAUCAAAGCUACGGCUCGCUCAGCGCCCGACAGGCAAGAGGAGAUCAGCAGGCUGAUGAAGAACGCCAACUUCAACCUAGACCCGUACAUCCAGGAGUUUGGCAUCAAGGUGAAGGACGACAUGGCUGAGGUGACGGGCAGAGUGCUUCCGGCCCCCAUCUUGCAGUACGGCGGACGGAACCGUGCCAUAGCCACGCCCAACCAGGGAGUGUGGGACAUGAGGGGGAAACAGUUCUACAACGGCAUUGAGAUCAAGGUGUGGGCCAUCGCCUGCUUUGCCCCCCAGAAGCAAUGCAGGGAGGAGGUGCUCAAGAACUUCACAGACCAGCUCCGUAAGAUCUCCAAGGACGCCGGCAUGCCCAUCCAGGGCCAGCCGUGCUUCUGCAAGUACGCCCAGGGAGCCGACAGCGUGGAGCCCAUGUUCAGACACCUGAAGAACACCUACUCAGGGCUGCAGCUCAUCAUCGUCAUCUUGCCUGGGAAAACCCCCGUCUACGCCGAGGUGAAGCGUGUGGGCGACACGCUGCUGGGCAUGGCCACGCAGUGCGUCCAGGUGAAGAACGUGGUGAAGACGUCUCCUCAGACCCUCUCCAACCUCUGCCUCAAGAUCAACGUGAAGCUGGGAGGCAUCAACAACAUCCUGGUUCCUCACCAGCGGUCAGCCGUGUUCCAGCAGCCCGUUAUCUUCCUGGGAGCGGAUGUCACGCACCCACCUGCUGGAGAUGGCAAGAAGCCUUCCAUCACUGCUGUGGUGGGCAGCAUGGACGCCCAUCCCAGCAGGUACUGUGCCACGGUGCGAGUGCAGCGACCCAGACAGGAGAUCAUUGAGGACUUGUCCUACAUGGUGCGGGAGCUGCUCAUUCAGUUCUACAAGUCCACACGCUUCAAGCCCACCAGGAUCAUUUUCUACAGGGACGGCGUUCCCGAGGGGCAGUUGCCACAGAUUCUCCACUACGAGCUGCUGGCCAUCAGGGACGCGUGCAUCAAGCUGGAGAAGGACUACCAGCCCGGCAUCACCUACAUCGUGGUGCAGAAGCGCCACCACACCCGCCUCUUCUGCGCCGACAAGUCAGAGAGGAUCGGGAAAAGCGGGAACAUUCCAGCAGGCACCACCGUGGACACCAGCAUCACUCACCCCUUCGAGUUUGACUUCUACCUGUGCAGCCACGCGGGCAUACAGGGUACCAGCCGGCCUUCGCAUUAUUACGUCUUGUGGGAUGACAAUCGUUUCACGGCCGACGAGCUGCAGAUUCUCACCUACCAGCUGUGCCACACCUACGUGCGCUGCACCCGCUCCGUGUCCAUCCCCGCGCCCGCCUACUACGCCCGUCUGGUGGCCUUCCGCGCCCGCUACCACCUGGUGGACAAAGAGCACGACAGCGGUGAGGGCAGCCACGUGUCGGGUCAGAGCAACGGCCGGGACCCCCAGGCUCUGGCCAAAGCGGUCCAGAUCCACCACGACACCCUGAGGACCAUGUACUUCGCCUGAGUGGGCUUGCAGCACCACACCCCCACCAUGACCACCUCAUCCCCCUUCCCUUAUCCCUGUGACUUUCCACCUACACAUCCUCCUCAGAACCAAAAUGGAUUCUAGAAUCAUCUUCUCAACGUACCAGUAGACAUCCUCCAUGGAUCCAGGAAGCAUCUAAAUGUACCAGUAGACAUCCUCCAUGGAUCCAGGAAGCAUCUAAACGUACCAGUACACAUCCUCCAUGGAUCCAGGAAGCAUCUAAACGUACCAGUACACAUCCUCCAUGGAUCCAGGAAGCAUCUAAACGUACCAGUACACAUCCUCCAUGGAUCCAGGAAGCAUCUAAACGUACCAGUACACAUCCUCCAUGGAUCCAGGAAGCAUCUAAACGUACCAGUACACAUCCUCCAUGGAUCCAGGAAGCAUCUAAACGUACCAGUACACAUCCUCCAUGGAUCCAGGAAGCAUCUAAACGUACCAGUACACAUCCUCCAUGGAUCCAGGAAGCAUCUAAACGUACCAGUAGACAUCCUCCAUGGAUCCAGGAAGCAUCUAAACGUACCAGUACACAUCCUCCAUGGAUCCAGGAAGCAUCUAAACGUACCAGUACACAUCCUCCAUGGAUCCAGGAAGCAUCUAAACGUACCAGUACACAUCCUCCAUGGAUCCAGGAAGCAUCUAAACGUACCAGUACACAUCCUCCAUGGAUCCAGGAAGCGUGUGUACAGGUUGUGAAUCUUGUGAUGUUUUUUACCUGCUAAGAAUGUUUUGUUGUGAUGUGUUUUGGAUGCUAGCUUCCCACAUGCAAGUAAGUAUGCAAUACGCUGGAAAAGGAAAAGCCACAAUGCUGCCUCUUCAGCAUCCAAUGAGGAUGCGAGCGUUCCGACCAAUGGGAUCCUUCUUCACACGUACACGCCUACUUUCAUUCUUGACUUUUUGAAUCAUCUUAUUUGGAAGCCGCCUUGAGCUGUGGUACAUUAGCACUUAGCGUCUAGCAUGUACGUCCGUUAGCGGGCUCCUCUUCUUUUUUUGUUUUUGUUUUGAUCAAUAGCAGUGCCAGAAAAGGUGGCGUAGCAUAUCCCGAGGUAAUUAGCAUAGUGUAAGCGUAGCGGGACCAUGGCGUAGUUGUGUGAAAUAUUCAACCAGCAUUCAUAACCAGCCAAAACACCACAAUGCCAACCAAGGGAGAUGUUCUUACUGUUAGGGAUGCACCAUCUGUAUCAGGCCGUGUCAGGGAAUGAUUAUUAUUAUUAUUAUUAUUAUUACUGUCAUACCCGGAACCCAUAACUUCAAAAGACACUCCAGUGAGUGGGUGAGCAAAUGAAGCGCUCCUUUUUUCUCCUGCCUGUGACGUUAAUGGACGCUCGUAACUUCCCCUGAGCUCACUCGGAACCAAACAUUCACCUUAAUGCUUUCAAUUCCAUUUUUCACCGUUUGGACUGAUCUUUCAAGGCACACAGGAUGUUGUGUUGUACGAUUAUGUCAUCAUAGAACCCACCAAAACAAACAUUACAGUCCCGUCUUUCAUCAGGAAAGAAAGUUAGUUUCUACCUUUUUGCAUUCUUUAGUAAUCAGCAUUAGAACAUACGUAAGUUUCAGGAAAAUAUCAGUUCCCAACUAAAAAAAGGGAGAAAAGCAGCUUAUAUUUUUGCAUUUGUGACAGCUCAAAUAUCUAAACAACUAUACCAACAUACAAAACAACACAAAAAAGGCUUGUUUUACAUCAAAGUAACAAUUUAUUUACAAACUACCAUUUACAGUUUUCACAUUUGGAACUAAACUGCUCCUAAAUGUUCUGUAGGAGCACAACCACAAUGAUAUUAUUUUUCUUCAUGAUAUUACAGCUUGGCGAGUGUGCAUGUGUUAAAAUUCCCCUCCACUCCGAUGCGUAACCUUCUGCACGCUACACUCCUCCACACUCUCCCACUUCCUCCUUGCUGUCGAGUGUGUUUUGACAUGCAAAAGAUCUUAUCAAAUGCACUUCUGUCACCUUGUGGCCGUUUUCAUGGCUUAAAACUGCAUGAAAAGCGACUUCUUUUAUUGUGCACUUGCAGCAUCAUCUCUUUUUGCCUCUUGCGCAAAACAAACGUAAAAGACGUAUAAAUGCGUCUUUGGGAGCGAGCGAUCGGGUUUAAAAAAACGUAUAAUUAGUCUUUGGUGUUGAAUGAAUUAGUGUUUGUACAUUUUCUUCUUGUAAUGACUUUAUUCCCGACUUUAUACCAAAAGAAAGAUCAGACUCCCGUCUUUUAACAGGAAAAAAAGUUCAUUUCUACCUUUUUUGUGGUCUUUAGUAAUCAGCAGUAGAACAUAGGCAAGUUUCAGGAAAAUAUCAGUUCCCAACUAGAAAAGGGAGAAAAAAAGGGUUCACAUCAAAAUAACAAUUUAUUUACAAAUAUAACACCAACCAUUUACAAUUUUCACAUUUGGAACUGAACUGUGUGUGUGUGUGCACACGUGUGCACGUGUGUGUGUCUGUGUGUGUGUGUGUGUGUGUGUGUGUGUGCAUGUGUUGAAAUGUCCCUCCAAUGGGUAACCUUCUGCACGCGACACUCAAGAUUCAAGAGUUUUAUUGUCGUAUGCACAGUAAAACAGGCAGUUCUGCUAUGCAAUGAAAAUCUUAUUCUGUUCAUUCUCCCAAGCAAAGAAAGAAAACACAAGAAAGAAUAAGAACAUCAGAAACAUAAAUACCAAUAAAUUAAGCAACAAAAACAGAAGAGACAUUAAUACAAAUAAAUAAAUAAAUAAAUAAAUAAAGUGCUAUGAGUGUGUAUGUGUGUUGCGUGCGGCGUGUGUGAGUGCUUCGUUGAGAAGCCUGAUGGCCUGUGGGUAAAAGCUGUUUGCCAGCCUUGUGGUCCUGGACUUCAAACUCCUGUAGCGUCUGCCUGACGGUAGGAGUGUGAAUAAUGAGUGUUGUGGAUGUGUGCUGUCCUUGAUGAGGUUGUGUGUUCUUCGUAGGACUCUAGUUUUAUAAAUGUCUUGCAGUGAGGGGAGGGCUGCCCCAACAAUGUUCUGUGAGGUCUUGAUCACCCGCUGGAGUGCCUUCCUAUCACGUGUUGUACAGUUACCGUACCAAACAGUGAUGGAGGCGGUAAGGACACUUUCCAUAGUGCAUCUGUAGAAGCAACUCAGGAUUGUGGUGGACAUGCCAAAUUUCCUCAGUCUUCUCAGGAAGUACAGUCUCCUUUGGGACUUCUUCAGGAUUUGUUGGGUGUUGUGAGACCAGGUGAGGUCCUCGCUGAUGUGUGUGCCAAGGAACUUGAAGGUUUUCACCCUCUCCACCUCAGUCUCAUCAAUAAACAGGGGUCUAUGCGGCUCCUUUUCCCUUGUUCUUGGGUCGAUGAUCAUCUCUUUAGUCUUAUCUGUAUUGAGAAGGAGAUUGUUAUCACGACACCAAGCUAUGAGGUCCGCCACCUCUCUUCUGUAUGAUGUUUCAACACCACCAGUGAUCAGUCCUCCAUGCUCCCUCACUUCCUCCUUGCUGUCGUGUGAUUUUUCCAUCGAGCUCACACGUGUUAAACUAACGCUGCAAUUUCAUCUGGCCUGCGGAACUGUGAUUAGUGAGAGAUUAGUGGUGUUGACUUGACCUUUACAUAGCCUACAAACAGCAAGCGACUUAUGUAGAACAUCUCCCUCUUUGCAAAAGCCGAAGUGUUUCCACACACUGGACCGCAACUGCGGCUUUGUGAUUUCUCGCUCGCCGGCUUGUCCUCCGCCAUCCGCCGUGCUACCUUUCGUUGUCUGAUGGCACGUGGCGAUGACGCCACAGACAGGCAGACUCGCUUGAGUAAAGAUGAACGUCUCUUUCUAAUUAAAAGUUCUAAAAAGCCCACAUCCACAUAAAGCCUGCCGUGCUUAAAUCCAAUGCUUUCUUUCCUAGAAUCCAUUCAAUCCAUUGAUGACCUUUUUAAAACACAUUCAAGCGACAUGUGUCGUCCAUAAUGGAAACUUGAAUCAUAGGAAUAUAAAUGGAUACGUGGAUGUAGUGGAUCAUUACGUAGGAUCAAUAGGAAAGAUACACAACCUCAGAGUCGGCUUUGAGUUUGACACCCCUGCCCAGCUCUUAUCAGAUGCUCUGCUGCCACCUUGUGGCCGUUUUUAUGGCUUGAAACAGCUCUAAAAGUGGCAUGCAUUAGUGGAGAGUUGCAUCAUCACCUCUUUUUGCCUCUCACACAAAAAACACAUGGAAGACGUAUAAAUACGUUGUUGGUAUUGAUUGAGGUAAGAACCAAAUGCUCCGCCAUGACAAACAAACAAAACAAGAAAUAAAGGUGUCAUUUUUGGAAAAUUUGCCUGCGCACAAAGUUAUACUGUUAGGAGAAUAAAGUCAAAAUAUGAUGGGGAUCAUUACGAGAAAAUGUACAAAAAGAAAGUUGAAAAAUACAAAAGAAAAAAUGCGGAAAUGGAAAAAAAAGAUGUAAUUUUAUGAGAAUAAAUCCAGAAUAUUAAGAGAAAAAAAAUCUUUAAAAAAAACUAAAUUUAAAAUGUCAUUUCAGUAACAUAGAGUUAAAAUACUAAUUUUUAUUAGUCAGAAUAUUACGAGAAACAAAAAAAACUUUUUAAUUUUAGGAAACUUAGGCUGGGGAAAAGUAUAAAACUGGGAAAAUAAAAUUUGCUGAGAUCAUUCAAGAAGAAGUCAAAUUGUUAAGAGACAACAGUUGGAAUCGAAUAAGAAAAAGUUAGAAUUAUGAAGUCGAAAUAUGAAAGAAAAAAAGACGCUUUUUCACAAAUUACUACAUAGAGCGCAAAAAAAAAUCUUAUCAGCCACCUGAAACCCUUAAAGUGCAAAAGAUUUGCCAGCGACCUCCGUGGCCGCUCGGAGCGUGUGCCCGAAUACAGUGCACCUUGCUGGGCCACAGCAGGUGGCUCCUCCCCCUCUAUACUGUGGUUCUCCUGGUAGCAGUGAUGUCAUCAUAUUUCAUUAGGACUAAUCAAGUCCUAAUUUGUUCCGGUCCUUCUUACCCCCAACUACACUUCCAUCUACAUUUUCAAAAAGUUCUGGGUCACGGGUACCGUAUUGGUUUUGAGAAGCAGAAAGGUAUCGCUUUGGAAAAACAACAAAAAGAUAUGGUGCAUCUCUAAUUGGUAUUUUAGGAUUUGACUUUACCAGGCACUUCUCAUUGAUUUGAUGAUGUCUUUUACUUUGAAAUGACCUCCCACACAAGCAAAGAGGUAACUUAAGGCAAUAGGCAAGGUCAACACGCCCCGCCCCCCCUCUCCCCAACGCAGACGAUUAUGAGUAUUCUUAUUGUUGUUCUAAACGUCUGUGAUCACUGAAGUGCUGCACAGCUGAAGGUCAUUCAGCAGUUGACCUUGCGUGUAAAAAGCAUUUUUUUGUACACGACGCUCUUCUUAGCCGUGCACAGCAGCACAAGCACGUGCCCCCUCCCUCAUCCUCCAUCUUCCUUCACGUGUGUCGGCCACGUUGGUGCUCCGUGUGCGUGGGCCUCUUCAUAAACCCCGCCUCUUUUACUGUUCAUCUGUAAUAAUAAUAAUAAUAAUAAUAAUAAUAAUGAUGAUGAUGAUGCAUGUUUUCAAACUGGUUAUUCUGAGCCACCUUAUUGUCCUCGGGUUGAACAGUAGCGACAUUUUGGAGUCUGGCGACCGGUGUGGGAGUGCAUCCUCUGGGGGGCGCCUCCCCCAACUUCCUCAGUUCUUCAGCCCCUUUCACACAGACACCCGGCAUCAGCGCCGCAUCAGAGCCAUGACGUCAAGGAUGCGUUCACACUCGUGUCAUGUGACCAACAUCCGCACAAAGGAAGGACUCGGUCAGACAGCUUUCGUGCAUCGCAGAACUCAAAUAAUUUGAUCCUGCCUUAUUUACCAGCUCGCAUUUCAGCAAGCGCUUCGAAAACGGGGGUGUCCGAGGCGCGGCCCGCAGCACAUUCUAAAAAUAGAAUUGUACAAAAAAAAAACAGCAACAAAAGUGGAAAAAUCAGUAGUCCUUUUACAAGAAUAAAGUCCAAAUAUUAAGAGAAAAAAUUGUCAUCAAACAAGAAAAAGUUGGAAUUAUAACGUUGAAAUCAUUCGAAAAAAAUGCAGUUUUUUAAAAGUUACAACAUUAUGAGAAGCAAACAAAACCAGUUGUCAUUUUUGGAAAAUUAUGUUGUGGAAGAAGUUAGUGUCACGAGAAUAAAGUCAAAAUACGAUGGGAAUAAUCUCAUUACGAAAAGAAAAUUUAUGAAAAGAAAGUUGAAAUAGUUAGGAAAAAAUCCAAAACAGCGGAAAUGGAAAAAACUGAGUAAUUUUACGAGAAAUCAUUCAAAAUAUGAUGAGAAAAAAAUGUACAAUAAGAAAGUUAAAAUAGUUGGAAGAAAACAGCAGAAAAGACAAAAACAGCCGUAAUUGUACAGCAAUCAAAUUCAAAUAUGAAGAGAAAAAAAGUCACAAUUUUAUGAGAAUAAACUCAAUAUUAUUAGGGGGAAAAACAGCAUUACAUCACGUUACUUUUAAAAAGUCAUAAUAUGAGAAACAAAAAGUGAAUGAAAAAAUAUACAAAUGUUCUUUAAGAAGAAUGUUGGAACAUUUGGACCAUAAAACAGCAAAAAUGGGGAAAAGGAGUGAAGUUGAUAUACAUUAUAUGCUUUUUUCACCUACAUGACAAAGUUGAGACGCACUCUCUUGAAUCUUGAAUCUCUUGAAUCUUGAAUCUUGAAUCUUUUCCAACACCGCUCGCGUCUUUGGCUCAUCUGGCGUUCACCUUUUGCGCUCAAGCCAACAGAGCGUCCCGAGAGCCAUCUCUGAAGCCUGUUUGGCCAGGAUGACGGCAUGAUGCGUGUGAACACACCCCAAGGCGCCUGUGCCUUUUACACAGAACCCAGCCCAGCCGUUCCUGUGGCACGAGGCCGUCUUCCUGCCUCUGUUACUGCUUGUACAGCAGGAACAUUGCCGGGCAAUGAACUGCACAGAAUAGGGUGGGUGGGGGGCAAAAGGUGUGUCUGUGUGAAAGGGGCUCGUGUCUUGUUGUCAAAGGGAUUCAGGAGAAGAUGAAGAUGCCUUUGUACGAUGUUUUACUGAUCCUUCAUUGUGUGCAAGGUGAUUUUGUAAAUAUAAAUAUAUGAUAGUAACCAUGUUAUGUAUUUUGGCUCACCACUUGGCCAAGCCGAGACCCCACCCCCUCUUCCUCCAACAACAACAAAAAGAUCACUUGGGGUUUUCAUGUCUUUUCAUGUGUCGCUGAAAGCAAAUGCAGUUCCUCACUCCCUCAAGCCACAAAGCACCUUGUAGGGGGGGGGGGGGGGGGGGCAGCCUCGCCCCGCCCCGUCUGACUAAGCAAUAUGGAAGCCACUGAUCAAGAAGAGUCACAGCACUUCCCUUAGCGUUUUGGAUGAAAGGACACGUGCAAGCGUCUUACUCUGGCUCACAUGUGAUCAUCAUGGAAACUGUUAUUUUUUAAAAAGAAAUAAAUUUGUUUUGUAAGAA